UCGGAGAUCGGAAUAUAAAUUAAAAGCAUAAAGUUUCACCAAACUUACAAUUUUAAACUAAUAUGUUUUCCGUGAUUAAACUUCUGCGGUGCAGAACAAGUAUUUACGCUGCUACCCGAAAGAAUUUCGCAUAUGAUGCAGCUGAGAAGACGUCACUAAUUACAAGUCAAUCUAUUCAACAGUAUGAAGACGAUUUGGAGAAGCAAUUCAAACAAAUGCUGCGUGAUGAUGUUCGCUCGGUUUUGGAACCAGCUUCAGCCGAUAGGUCCGUCGAAUUUUACCCGCACACGAAACCAUCGUUUAAUUUCGCAGCGUACGUAAAUAAAUCCGACACUCUACAAAAAAUGGUACAGCUUGGCGUGGAUCUACACAAACUGGAGAAACGGAAAGGGAUACCACAAUUUAUUCUUCAACUAGAUUUUGAAAGGGAUAUGAAGGAACAUUUGAAGUUUCUUGCCGAAAUUGGUGUUGCGCCGGAUCAGCUGGGAGAAUUUGUCACCAAAAAUCCGUUGAUAUUCAAAGAAGACCUUGGUAACAUGGAGGUUCGAAUCAACUACCUUGAAUCGAAAAGGUUUCAACCAGAACAGGUAGCGAGGAUUGUGUCGAAGAAUCCAUUCUGGCUCAUGAUAAGCACUCGGCGGAUAGAUAGGCGGUUAGGAUUUUUUCAAAAAACGUUUGAACUAAUGGGUGACGAAGUACGCUUGCUAACAACUAAACAGCCAAGAGUUAUAACGUAUAGUCUUGAACAUAUAAGGAAAAGUACCUUCUCGAUCAAAGAAGAGAUGGGUUUCGAUCAAAACGAAUUGAAGGAGUUGCUGUUGAGUAAACCAAAACUGUGGAUGAUAAAUCAGGACAAGCUUUCAUAUCGAUUUGAUUAUGUACAUCGAAAGAUGCAAGUUUCCCACGCAGAGAUACUGAAAACACCAGAAAUUCUUGAAUCACGAGAUCAUCGUGUGAAACAGCGUCACGGAUUUUUGAAAUUUUUAGGGAAAGCUCAGUAUGAUCCAAAAAAAGAUCUUUAUAUUUCUUUGAAAUCACUAGUAGAAGGUACCGACAUAGAGUUUGCAAUUAAUAUUGCCAAAUCCAACAUGGAAUGCUACAGCAACUAUUUGAAAACAUUGUAAUGCUAUGCUCCGGUAAGAUAAGGUAGUAUAAAUAAAAUAAGUAUCCACCAAGAUAAGCGUUGGAAGCAUCUUUGAAUCA